CAUCAAUGUGCGCCUAAAUCUGAUGGAAGGAACUCAGCUGUCAAAAUGUGUACUUUACACGUGGGGAGCGAACAAUUCCGGGCAGCUGGGACAGGGACACACGGAAGAUCAAGCCGAGCCGCGGCGUGCACACGGCGGACUGCAGGCAGAGCAGGUCCGCUGCAUAACCGGAGGAGGCGGCCAUUCGGCUGUCAUCACUGAGUCAGGUGACCUGCUGAUGUGUGGACACAACCACAAAGGUCAGUUAGGGCUCAGUCACACUUCAGAGGUCAUAACCUUUCAACCCUGCCCUUUGUCUGGGUGGGGAAGAGUUCAGCAGGUGUCCUGCGGUUGGGACUUCUCUAUUAUCCUGACAGGUGACGGUCAGGUCUUGGUGUGCGGCUCCAAUGCUUUUGGACAGCUUGGUGUCUCACCAGGGAUAUCACACUCAGCAGAACCUUUACAUGUGACGACACUGAAUGAGCCCGUGACUAGUGUGGCUGCUGGCCUCAGACAUGCAUUAGCAAGCACAGCUUCAGGUUGUGUUUAUCAGUGGGGGACGGGCCUGUCGAGUCAUGCUAAGAGAAUGUUGAGUCCACAGCCUGUUCCUGUUCAUCUGUCCUCUAAAGAGCCCUGCCUUGUCCCGGGGUUAGAUCAUGUGACCCCACAGAAGGUAGUUGCAGGCUCCACCCACUGCAUUUGUUUGACAGCGAAGGGUGACGUGUUCCUCUGGGGCAGCAAUAAACACGGUCAGCUGGUCAGCGAGAGUCUCUUCCUGACACUUCCUGUGGCGCUGGAUCGUUCUCUGCUGCGGGGCGAGAGAGUGACCCACGUCCACAGCGGCUGGACGCACCUCGUCACAAAAACAGAGAGUGGCCGGGUCUUCACAUGGGGCAGAUCCAAUUACGGACAGCUAGGACAGACCAAUCAGGGUACGGAAAAAGAGCCUGACGAUUCAACCAGCUCUGGCCGAACUAUAAGCCACCCCGUCGAGAUUAAAGCUUUAUUUGGAGCGACACAGAUCGCUUGCGGAUCUGAACACAACUUGGCUGUUGUGGGGGGUCGGAUGUUCUCCUGGGGCUGGAAUGAACACGGAAUGUGUGGAGACGGUUCCCUUUGUGACAUCACGCAACCACGGCCAGUCCCUGGUCUCACAGACGCUACGGCUCUUCUGAUUGGCUGUGGAGCAGGACAUUCAAUGGCACUUUGCAGUUUGAAGAGCAACAAGGAUUCUGCAAGCUGAACAGGUUUCUGCGUUUGUCUCUCUCUCUGUUUGCUUUCGUUACGUUUUAAUGAAUUAUUCAGAAAGACAUGUUUAAGCCUUUAAAGGACAGAUUUUAGAUCAAAGUCUCAGAGAUGCAAAUACUACCUACGGAUGAUCACAUUAUGCUUAUGACAUCAGGAAAUAAACAGGCACAGGAACACUAGGCCCAAUCAUGCAAAUAUUCAUAGCUUAAAGGAGAGGCCUUCAUUGGUUUUGUUUUUAAAAUUAUAAUGACAUUAUAUGGCUCUUUUUUUCUCCAAUUAAAUACCAAAAAAAAGUAAAUCUAUAUGCAUUCACUGAUGUAUUUCGGCAUGUAUAUACUGUCCUAGUGCCUUCACAACCAUUCAGAAAGACUGAAAUUCAAUGAGGAGACAAAUUCAAUCAGACACUCAUUUUCGUGAUGGGUUUUUGUCAGCACUGA